AUGUUUUUAAGUAAACUAUGGGGUUCAGAUACUACUGGUGAAAGCAAUAAUAAUAAUAAUAACAAUAAUAAUAAUAACAAUAAUAAUAAUAACAAUAAUAACAAUAAUAGUGAUAAUAAUACAAGUAGUGGUAAUGCAACUAGAUUUCCAUCUUUUGGUCUUAAUAAUAUUUCAGUGUCAUCUGAAACAUUUAAAAAAUUAGGAUCAUCUGUACAAAGUUUCGCAAAAAAUGCAUACAAUAAAAUUGAAGAAGAAACCAAAAAAUUAGUAGAAGAGGGACCAAAUCAAUACAGCGAUAGUACAUUUUUACCACCCUGGUUAGAUUUUGUUCUAGAAGAUAAAGAUAAACAAAAUGAAAUAAGAGAAAAGAUUUUGGAUUUAAAAAUGAGCAGAGCAACAUUUUUAAAUUCACCACCAAUUGAUGCUGAUUAUUUUCAAGAAUUUGAUGAAUUUUUAAUCAAGGUUGCGACAGUGUCUUUAAAACAUGAUUUAACAUUAGAAAAAAUUAGAUUUCAUUUUGUUCCUAAAUUGGUUUCAGAGGAGCAGUUUUGGAAGAAUUGGUAUUAUAGGGUACUUGUAGUUAAAAAGAGAUAUGGUAUAUCAAGUGUAAAUAAUAAAUCAAUAACAGAUACAGACGAUCAGAAUAAAAUCGAUGAAACCACCACCACCACCACCACUACUACUACUACUACUACAACUAUUUCAUCACCAAAUCCAACAUCACCAGCAUCACCAGCUAUAAAUAAAUCAAAUAAAUUACAAACAGACGAUACAGAUUUUGGUAAAUGGGAAAAAGAAUUACAAUCAGAGUUGGAUAAUUUCGAUAUUAAUGAUAAUGAUAAUAUUGAUCUAUCAUUAAAUAAUGAUUUAUUAGAUGAUGAAGAUUGGGAAAAAAAAAUUGGUAUCGAAUUAUCAUCACCAUCACUAUCAUCUCCAUCAAAACAAUCUCAACAAAUCACGACACCAAUAAAAGCAAGCACAUCCAUUAAAUCAUUUUCACCAUCAUUUUCAUCCAAUACAUCAUUUUCAACACCACCAGUUACAAAUGCAGAUAGCGACAUUGACAUGGAAAUAGAAAAAGAGUUACAAAGAAUUAAAACCCGUGAAACUAAAUAUGAAGACUCACUUAAUAUUACAACCGAGGAUCUUUUAAAUGAAAUAGAAUCAGAAAUUUCUUUGGCCAAAGAGGAUAGUUUAUUAGAUAGUGUAAAUAAUAAUAAUAAUAAUAAUAAUAAUAAUAAUAAUAAUAAUAAUAAUAAUAUUUUUAAUAAUGAAAACGAUUUUGAUAAUGAAUCAGAUAUAAUAAAUACCAGCUCAGUUGAAAAUAAUAUAAAUAGUAGCAUCAAUAUUAGUUAUAGCGAUAUCGAUAGUGUGGUUAGCGAUAAUGUUCAAAAAGACGAAGAGGUUGGGGGUUUGGUUGAAGAUGAUGAUUUAUUAAAUUAA